AGCUGCUGACGCCGCCGCAGCCCCGGGCACCCAGCGCUCGCACGCACUCCCGCGCACGCCGGCUCUCCACCUCCUCCCGCACCCGGGUCUGAAGAUGGCGGCUCUCAAACUCCUGGCGUCCCAGCUUCGGCUCUGCGCCUCCGCCCGCAGCUCGCGGGGCGCCCUGCAUAAGGGGUGCGUCUGCUACUUUUCUGUCAGUUCUCGUCACCACACCAAAUUUUACACAGAUCCUGUGGAAGCCGUAAAAGAUAUUCCUAAUGGUGCAACCUUGCUGGUUGGCGGUUUUGGGCUGUGUGGCAUUCCGGAGAAUCUUAUAGGAGCGUUACUGAAGACUGGAGUGAAAGAUCUAACUGCAGUCAGCAACAAUGCAGGGGUUGACAACUUCGGCCUGGGCCUUUUACUUCGAUCCAAGCAGAUAAAACGCAUGAUCUCCUCCUAUGUAGGAGAAAACGCAGAAUUUGAGCGACAGUUCCUGUCCGGCGAAUUAGAAGUAGAGCUGACGCCCCAGGGCACACUUGCAGAGCGGAUCCGUGCCGGUGGGGCUGGAGUCCCUGCCUUCUACACCAGCACAGGGUAUGGAACCCUAGUACAGGAAGGAGGAUCACCCAUCAAAUAUAACAAAGAUGGCAGUGUUGCCAUUGCCAGCAAGCCACGAGAGGUGAGGGAGUUUAACGGCCAGCACUUCAUUUUGGAGGAAGCCAUCACGGGAGAUUUUGCUUUGGUGAAAGCGUGGAAAGCAGACCGGGCAGGCAAUGUGAUUUUCAGGAAAAGUGCAAGAAACUUCAAUUUGCCAAUGUGCAAAGCUGCGGGAACCACAGUGGUGGAGGUUGAAGAAAUUGUAGACAUUGGCUCGUUUGCCCCAGAAGAUAUCCACAUUCCAAAGAUUUAUGUACACCGCCUUAUAAAGGGAGAAAAAUAUGAGAAGAGAAUUGAGCGCUUAUCACUCCGAAAGGAAGGAGAUGGAAAAGCCAAAUCUGGUAAGCCCGGCCAAGAUGUCAGGGAGCGGAUCAUCAAGAGAGCUGCACUCGAGUUUGAGGACGGCAUGUAUGCUAACCUGGGUAUAGGGAUACCUCUCCUGGCCAGUAACUUCAUCAGUCCCAACAUGACUGUUCACCUUCAAAGUGAAAAUGGAGUCUUGGGCUUGGGUCCAUACCCACUCAAAGAUGAAGCGGAUGCCGAUCUCAUCAAUGCAGGAAAGGAAACAGUUACUGUUCUCCCAGGAGCCUCUUUCUUCUCCAGCGAUGAAUCAUUCGCCAUGAUUAGAGGGGGACAUGUCAAUCUAACAAUGUUAGGAGCCAUGCAGGUUUCUAAGUAUGGGGACCUGGCCAACUGGAUGAUACCUGGGAAAAUGGUGAAAGGAAUGGGAGGAGCUAUGGAUUUAGUGUCCAGUUCCAAAACCAAAGUGGUGGUCACCAUGGAGCACUCUGCAAAGGGAAAUGCACACAAAAUCAUGGAGAAGUGCACGUUGCCACUGACGGGCAAGCAGUGUGUCAACCGCAUUAUUACAGAAAAGGGCGUGUUUGACGUGGACAAGAAAAACGGAUUGACGCUGAUCGAACUCUGGGAAGGCCUGACUGUUGAUGACAUCAGGAAGAGCACAGGCUGUGACUUUGCAGUCUCACCAAACCUCAAGCCAAUGCAACAGAUUUCUACUUGAAGUGUCCGUUGGACAUUUGCCCCAGGCUGCUAAGAUUUCAUUUUCAACACUUAGGAUUUAAAUGAAAGGAUGUCAGUAAUCAACAGUUAUACAUUUAGCAAGAAGUUUCAGCUAGUUUUCUUCUAGUAUUUCUGGAUUUGUGCAGCCACAGACGUUCUCUCCAGUGUGAUGUAUCAGUUCCAUGGGGGGGGGGAGGAAAACAUUUUAUUGUAGUCUUGCUUCUUGAGUGCUAAGAAGGUUGUUUUUGUCAUUGUUGCUCACAGUGGAUAUAUGUUCAUCUUUUAUGCCAUAUAUAUAAAACCUUGACUUAGCCCUGAAGGAGAAUUUUCAUGUGCAUUUGUGAUUAGGUAGAAUACUUUUUUGAUGACUAUGUCUCUUUUACCUUCCUCCUUUUUGAGAGAUGCCAGUUAUGCUUCCCUUCUUAGAAUAUCCGCCUUCCCUCCACACUUCUUAUAGCUAAAUAGAUACUCAUGAAGGCCAACAGGAACGUCCCUGGGAAAAGUAAGCAGAAGAAAGACCAAGGCAUAGGCUCUACCAGUGCUGGCAUCCCACCAGAUGUGGCCUUUAAAGAAGACGACUAGCCGUCUACCUAUGGUGUGCUAUACUAGCCUUUGUAUUCUGAAUACUGUUUCUGCAUUGAUCACCAAUGUUUACUUAUACAACAUCUCUUGAGCCAAAAAGAACCAUGGGCAAUUGAUCAUGAGCCCUGAAUCACAAUGUUAGCAGUAUUUAAAAAGAUGAUAUCCCAAGAUAUUUCCAUUUUUAGGCUCUCCGUUCUGCUCCGCAAAGAUUGUACACAUUGACUGACUUUUUCUACACUACAAGGGCAUUCUGCAUAGGCUAGUUCUCUUAACAAAGUGCUACUGCUUUAGCCUUAUCUGUGCCAGGGAAAUAAGGGGAAAGACUCAGACCUGAGUAAUUAGCAGCCUUUGUGUGGCAUAGUAAACAGAGUAGCUUGCAUUUGUCAGGGAUGCUUCCUCAGAAGUAGCCACAAUACAGACAGUUGCCAGGGGGCAUCACUUCAGAAGCACCCUUGGUAUCAAAUCUCUGAAAACCUAGGCACCCUGAAGCCAGACUGGACAGCUGGUAUCCGCACAGUGAAAUGUAUCAUCCUUCUGGCACCGAUUAUAGGAAUUUACGCACGUCUUAGGUGAUGGUUGUCACUGGAACACACUCCUCAAGAAUAGCCACAGUUGACUUGCACACGAUGUGAAGGCAGGGGAAUAAGCUUUUUCCUUCAUAGUACACUCUUUAUGUAGGACUGCUUUAAUGGAUGGCCACGAGGUUGAAAGCAUCCUGUGCCAGUGUUGGUAAGAAGAACCUGACUUAGAAGGUACAAGGCCCAUGAGAAUGCAUAUGUCGAUGUUAGAGUACACAUUGGAAGAAUGUUCUUAUUGCCGAUAUUGAUAUGUCUUCAGAUGCACUUGCUUAUCAUUCCAGUCUGUUACUUUACAGCAAAGGCGUUCUAAGAAUGUUUUCAACUUCCAAGCCUGAAUAGACAACUUAAGAUUCAAAGAGUGCCAUGAUAUUUUUUAAAAUAAAAUGUGUUAAGUGAUACAAUAAAAAUUGCAGAUUGACAGAGA